AUGAUGGCGACCGUCGGCGGGAGUCGAGAGAAGAGGUGGAGCCUCGCCGGCGUGACGGCGCUGGUCACCGGCGGCUGCAAGGGGAUGGGGCACGCCAUCGUGGAGGAACUAGCAGGGUUCGGCGCGCGCGUGCACACGUGCGCCCGGAACGCGGCGGAGCUGGAGGACUGCCGCCGGCGGUGGGCCGAGAAGGGCCUGCCGGUCACCGUCUCCGUCUGCGACGUCGCCGUGCGCGCCGACCGGGAGAAGCUCAUGGACACGCUCAGGAGCACCUUCGCCGGCAAGCUCGAUAUCCUUGUGAACAACGCGGCGCUGGCGAUGGGCAAGCCGGCGGUGGAGUGCACGGCGGAGGACUACUCGGGCGUCAUGGCGACCAACCUGGAGUCGUGCUUCCACCUCAGCCAGCUCGCGCACCCUCUCCUCCGGAACUCCGCCAUCGCCGGCGGGGGAAGCAUCGUGCACAUCUCCUCCAUCGCCAGCUACCUGGGCUUUCCAGGGGUCGUGCUCUACAGCAUGGCCAAAGGAGGAAUGAACCAGCUAACAAGAAGCCUGGCUGCCGAGUGGGCCCGCGACAGAAUUCGUGUGAACUGCGUCGCACCAGGCGUGGUCAUAACUGACAUGACGAAAGCGGUAGGCCCGGAGGAAGUCGUGAAGCAAGAAUUUUUGCCCAAAAUUCCAUUGCGCCGGACGGGGGAGCCGGCGGAGAUCGCAUCCGUGGUGGCGCUCUUCUGUAUGCCGGCGGCCUCCUACGUCACCGGCCAGGUCAUCUGCGUCGAUGGCGGCACAACCAUAGGCGCUUGAGCUGUUCCAUGGGAGUGGUAUGCUCUCCAUGUGGUCUGCUCUCCAUGCCGAGGGCUCCGAUCAGUAUGCAAGGUAUAUAUUUGGAUGGUGUUUGUUGAGAUUCAGGAGUUCGUCGUCGUCGUCAGGUUCAGAAGUUCGCCAUCUGAAACCUCCUCCCUUUCUCUGCUCGCAUGUGUGAUCUCCUGCAGUUCUCUGGCUGAAUCUGUCAAGCUGAAUUCCAUGCCUGUACAUGGUUGAUUUAGUUUUUCUCAAGAUAAGAGAAAUUCAGUCGCGCAUUAUUGUGCAGUGAACGCACUAAAGGAACCGGCAGAACUGAAUGAUGGUUCCAAACUUCCAAUAUGAAAAAAAAAUGCAGAACUGCGUGCCAAAGCCUGAAAGUUCUGUUCUGUCCGAGAGUGCUAAUCAGGAACUAUCUCUGUGUAGCCUGUACGAAGCAACAUGUUCUGAACUGCAAGUAAUGUUCUAUGUUCUUAGUCCAUUACUUGCUUAAAUAUUUGAAACUUUCAUUUAAAUUCGGCAGAAGAUCUGUGUGACUGUAUAUAAGGGCAGCUACUCAGUUUUCUUGUU